CCGGCCCGGCCGCCAUGUCAGCCGCGCCGCGCGGUGCAUUGUGGGGCGAGGGCGGGGGGAGCGCCCCGGGGGCGGUGGCGCUGAGGGCGGCGGCGGCGGCUGACAACGACCCGACUCGGCCCGGGGGGACCCCCGGCCGCCCUGGGAGGGUCCUGCUGCCUUAGAACUCCCCCUUGGCUGAGGGGCCGACGCGCCCCGCUCCCCCACACUCCCGGCGUUCUGGGCCUCCCUCCCCCAGUGCCACAGCAGCAAGCGGGGAUGAGGGAAUACGCGGAAUAAGCAGCACGGUUUUUUCUUAAUCCCCCCCAACAGCCAUCCUAAUUUUCUCCCCUCCUUUUCUAAGCCCAGGCCUCUCCUUACGCAUAAAAUCAUCAAGGUUGGAAUAGACCUUUAAGAUCAUCCAGUCCAACCAUCCACCCAGCGCUGCCACUGUAACCCUUAAUGCACUGAACCACAUCAUCCAGCGCCACAUCCAGGCGCCUCCUAAACACCUCCAGGGACGGUGACUCCACCACCUUCCUGGGCAACCAUUCCAAUGCCUGAUCACCCUAACAGUGACAUUUUUUUCCCUAAUAACUAAUCUGAAUCUGCCGUCUCAGUUUAAGGCCGUUUCCUCUCAUCCUCUCACUGCAGGCUCGGUAGAAGAGACUGGUCCCUCACCACAAUCUCCUGUCAGGUGGUUGUAGAGAGCUAUGAGGCACCUGCACCCCCAGGCCCCGUGGAGCUGGGUUAGGGCUCCAUGGAGCCCCACGCCACAGCCCUGGCCUUGCUCCCCUCUUCCCCAGGGCUUCCCCUCCUCUUCCUCUCCUCUCCAGUCUGUGGAGAAGGGCAGGUGUGCCCCGGGGACACCGAGGAAGUAGCUCCAGGCUCCCUGACCUUGGCUAUGGAUCUGGCCCCGGCAGCAGCCCGGGACAGCAGCUUGGCCAGCACAUCUGCUGGUAGUCUGCAGGUCUCCAGGGAGAAGAGCCAGCCUGCCAGCUCUUAGCAGUGCUGGACGGUGACCUAAAGGCACUGGCAAGUGCUUGUCUGAAACAAAUCCCUCUGUGAGCCACUACUACCCCUUUUGGCACUGAAAUGCCAUGUUGGCACUUGAGGCUAAGGAGGCCUUUCCAGAAAAACAAGGCACGUAAAAGAUUAGUCUUGAACUACUAUAGGGGUUCAAAGGAAAGUAUUAAAAAUAACAAGAACAGGAGUGCUGGAAACACUGCCUCAGGGAGUAUGUGCAGCAGGCAUAGGAGCAAAAUUUUACAGAUGGCAGUUUUUUGUUGCAGGCAACCCAAGAAUGACAUCAGUGCACUGAAGCAGUGUUUUGGUUCUGCGUGUCUGAAAACUCUGGACGUAGUUAAAGCAGGAUCUUUAAAUCUGACUGGAUCUCACAGACUGUUCUCGAGCCGACCAGUACUUUAAAACCACGUACAGUACUCAAUGCACCACUGCCACCAUGAAAUGCUCCAUGUCAGAGUGCGUGGAUCCUCCAUAAAUCCAUCCUGCUGAGGUUUGGUGUGGACAGAGCUUUUAGGAGUGCUGCAAAAGGCCGAUUUGCAGCAGCCGGUCCUUUGCGGCGGCGCUGUGCCGGGCCGGGCAGAGCGGCGGCGGCCGUGCAGCAUGCUGGAUCCGGAGGGCAGUGUGGAGCAUCAGCCUUCCCCUUCCUUCCCCAAACUCCUGCUCAUCCCUCUAGCCAUGCUCCUCGCAAUUGCAGCGCUCCUGCUCUUAGCCUUUUCCGCCACGCGGCAGAAAGAGCCUGAUUUUUACACUUUCAAAGUUGUAAACAUCAGGGGCAAGUUAGUCUCCCUGGAGAAGUACAGGGGCUCGGUGUCACUGGUUGUCAAUGUUGCAAGUGAGUGUGGGUACACAGACAGCCACUACAAGGCCUUACAGCAGCUGCAGAGGGACCUGGGCCCCUACCAUUUCAAUGUGCUGGCCUUCCCCUGCAACCAGUUUGGGCAGCAAGAACCAGACACCAACAGAGAAAUCGAGAGUUUUGCGCGAAAGACUUACGGUGCCUCCUUUCCCAUGUUCAGCAAAAUCACAGUCAGCGGGGCUGGAGCAAUUCCUGCCUUCAAGUACUUAAUUGAUUCUACAGGAGAAGAACCAACCUGGAACUUUUGGAAAUACCUAGUGGACCCCAAUGGGAAAGUAGUAAAGGUCUGGGACUCUACUGUCUCUGUGGAAGAAAUAAGACCUCACGUUACAGAACUUGUAAGAAAAAUCAUCCUGAAGAAGAAAGAUGAAUUAUGACUUUCAAAAAUACCAGCAUGCCAAUUACAUCUCUGUUGAGAAUUAGGACGGGACUUUGUCUCUUCACAUUCCAAAAGAGAGAAUAUGGGGAAGGGAAAUUAGGACCAGUUGAAUCUAGAGUCACCAUUCUAAGAAUGUAGAAAAGAGCAAGUUAGCAUGGUCUAAGUAAUUUAAUUUUUUUUCUCCAACUGGAUUCAGUUUGACCUUUCUGGGAAAAAAGAAAUUCUCAGUAAUUGUUUCUUGCCCAAUUCAAGUUAUUCACUGUGUAAGUCAGUUAAUGUACUUGUAGGAAGAAGGCUCAGAAUAAUGAGAAUUUCCUAACUGGGCUCUCACUGAUAUCUACAAUUUUGUUGUUAUAUUUUGACACAAACUGAAUAAAAUAAAGAGUAAAAAGUGCAUGAUUGACUCAAGGCAUGUGCUAAGGAGAGAGACAAACCAGGUACCUUCAGCCCAGGCAGACUUGCAUGGAUAUAUGCCUUUCCAAUUACCACAGCCAAACAUAUUUCAUUUCAUCUGUCUAGAAAGUCAGUUGAGAAGGGCAUUGGGGAAAUACAUCUAUUAAAUAGAAAUGGAAGAAAUAUGAAGACAAAGUCUCUUUAAAAAUUCUCCACAAACUAUGGGAAGAAUUUCUAUAUUUUUUCACCAAGUAAAGAUUACCAGAUGCUAUUUAAAUAGUUAUUUGAACAUCUGUAGGACCAGAGCCUAUAAGAAAUGGCUGUCUCUUUCUUCUGAGAGCAUUUUGUCUUAGAAUUACUCUCACUCGUAAAACUCUCAUAAAACUGAUGUUAAAUUUAUUUUACAAUUUAUGACACCAUCCAGUUUUGCUGCAUGUACAGACAAACAUUAGACAAUCAACAUCUUUUCCAUGGAGUUAAUUUUUGCAAAUAUUUAAUUCUUACAUAAUGUUACCUAGUUUAAUACCACAUUUAUGUUACAAAUUAUUAAUGUCACCUUUUCAGGCAUCUGCGCAGCCCUCAGCCUGCAGAACUCCUUAGCUCACACUAAAAUAAUAACACCAACAAUUGCAGCCUCAU